AUGGGAACUAGAGGAAAAGAUGCGGAAGAACUAUCCGCAAAUGUUUACCUGAUCAAGACUUUCUUCUUCCCCGAUCAAGAAUCUAAGACCGUCGUUGUGCUCACGGCGGAGAACAGAAAAGACCCACCGAUUAGAAUUUUGUUUCGGCGUUUGUUGUAA